GAGGGAGGCCAGGCCCCGAGGGGGGGAGGGUCCCUCUCGCCCUCCUCGAGCCCAGAGGCGCCUAGGGAGACCCUGGCUGCUGCUGCUGCGGCGGCGGUGGCCACCACCACACUCCGCCUCCUCCUCCUCCCGUGCUCCGCGGUGGUGGCAUGUCCGAGACUGGCGGGGCCGGGCCGGCCGGGGGCGGUGGCGGUGGUGGCAGCGGCGGGGCCGGGGGGCAGCCGCAGCAGCAGCCGCCGCCCCCUCCCCCGCAGCCGCCGCCUGUGCCUCUGCCUCCUCCUCUGCCGCUGCCCCCGCAGGGUUCCCCGGCCGCUGGGGGCGGACCGGCCCGGGCCGCGGCAUCCGCGGCCGCUGCUUCUUCUCCUGCCCCCGUCCCGGCCGGCGCCGACCCCGGCGCCUCCUCCGGGCCGGCCGCCGCCGCCGCCGAGAGCCCUGGGGUCGGCAGCGGCGCUUCUACGGCCCGGAUCGCGGUGAAGAAGGCGCAACUCCGAUCCGCUCCGCGGGCCAAGAAACUGGAGAAACUCGGCGUUUACUCCUCUUGCAAGGCCGAGGAAUCUUGUAAAUGUAAUGGCUGGAAAAACCCCAACCCCCCGCCCACUCCUCCCCGGGCAGACCUGCAACAGAUCAUUGUCAAUCUCACCGAGUCCUGCCGUAGUUGUAGCCACGCUCUCGCUGCUCACGUGUCUCACCUGGAGAAUGUGGCGGAGGAAGAAAUGAACAGACUGCUGGGCAUUGUAUUGGAUGUGGAGUAUCUCUUUACUUGUGUUCACAAAGAAGAAGAUGCAGACACCAAACAAGUUUAUUUCUACCUGUUCAAGCUCUUGAGAAAAUGCAUUUUACAAAUGGGGAAACCUGUCGUUGAAGGAUCCUUGGAGAGCCCUCCGUUUGAGAAGCCUAGUAUUGAACAGGGUGUGAAUAAUUUUGUCCAGUACAAGUUUAGUCACCUCCCCUCCAAAGAGAGGCAGACAAUCGUUGAGCUGGCCAAGAUGUUCCUAAACCGCAUCAACUAUUGGCACCUGGAGACGCCGUCUCAACGAAGACAACGCUCCCCAAACGAUGAUGUCGCAGGAUACAAGGUGAACUAUACCAGGUGGCUGUGCUAUUGCCACGUGCCUCAGUUCUGUGACAGCCUCCCUCGGUAUGAGACUACCCAGGUGUUUGGGAGAACGCUGCUCCGCUCCGUCUUCACCGUGAUGCGCCGACAGCUCCUGGAACAAGCCCGGCAGGAGAAGGACAAGCUGCCCCUGGAGAAGCGGACGCUCAUCCUCACCCAUUUCCCAAAGUUUCUCUCCAUGUUAGAAGAAGAAGUUUAUAGCCAGAGCUCACCUAUCUGGGAUCCUGACUUUCUGACUGCUUCUUCUCGUGCUAGUCAGCUAGGAAUCCAAACAGUCAUCAACCCUCCUCCCGUGGCCAGGACUGUAUCAUACAAUGGGAGCCCGUCCUCUCUGGAGCAGCCAAUUGGAGGAAGCAUGAGUCCUGUUUGCAAGGUCUCUUCUGGACUCGAAGGAAACCGAGGAGAGAAGCGAAAAAUGAAUGACCUUCAUUCUCUGGAGGAAGCCAAGAGACCCAGAGUUGUGGGGGAUAUUCCCCUUGAGUUGAUCAACGAGGUCAUGUCCACCAUUACAGACCCUGCUGCAAUGCUGGGACCGGAGACCAACUUUCUGUCAGCACAUUCAGCCCGGGACGAAGCAGCCAGAUUGGAAGAACGCCGAGGAGUGAUAGAAUUCCACGUAGUCGGCAACUCUCUGAAUCAGAAGCCAAACAAAAAGAUCCUGAUGUGGCUGGUCGGCUUACAGAAUGUGUUCUCUCAUCAGCUCCCUAGAAUGCCCAAAGAGUAUAUUACGCGCCUGGUCUUUGACCCUAAGCACAAGACCCUUGCUUUAAUUAAAGAUGGCCGUGUGAUCGGUGGGAUCUGUUUCCGUAUGUUUCCGUCGCAAGGAUUCACAGAGAUUGUCUUCUGUGCUGUAACUUCCAAUGAGCAAGUCAAGGGCUAUGGAACUCACCUCAUGAAUCACCUGAAAGAAUACCAUAUAAAACAUAGCAUCCUGAACUUUCUUACGUAUGCUGAUGAAUAUGCAAUUGGAUACUUCAAGAAACAAGGUUUCUCCAAAGAUAUCAAAGUACCCAAAACCAAAUAUGUAGGCUAUAUCAAGGAUUAUGAAGGAGCCACUCUGAUGGGCUGUGAGCUAAACCCAAGGAUCCCAUACACAGAAUUUUCUGUCAUCAUCAAAAAACAGAAGGAGAUCAUCAAGAAACUUAUAGAAAGGAAGCAAGCUCAGAUUCGAAAGGUCUACCCCGGACUUUCGUGUUUUAAAGAUGGAGUCCGCCAGAUUCCAAUCGAAAGCAUUCCUGGCAUCAGGGAGACAGGCUGGAAACCAAGUGGAAAAGAAAGAGGCAAAGAGCCCAAAGAUCCCGAUCAGCUUUAUAGCACAUUAAAAAACAUCCUGCAGCAGGUGAAGAGCCAUCAAAGCGCUUGGCCCUUCAUGGAACCCGUGAAGAGAACGGAAGCUCCUGGAUAUUAUGAAGUUAUAAGGUUCCCUAUGGAUCUGAAAACCAUGAGUGAACGACUCAAGAACAGGUACUAUGUAUCUAAGAAAUUAUUCAUGGCCGACUUACAGCGGGUGUUUACCAAUUGCAAAGAGUACAACCCCCCUGAGAGCGAAUACUACAAAUGUGCCAAUAUCCUGGAGAAAUUCUUCUUCACCAAAAUUAAGGAAGCUGGAUUAAUUGACAAGUGACACAUUUUUUUCUCCCUUCUCCUCCUUUUUAGCAGUUUAUCCGUCAUCAGCCCUGAUGGAUGGAGUUCAGUUUCAAAGCAUUGGGACGAUGUGUUGAAGUUACUUAUACGUGUUUUGACUAGCACUUUUCAAAAAACAACAAAAAAUAAGAAAAACAGACUCCUCUUCUAGCUUUUCAGAUGUGUAUUUAAAUGGAAGUUACAGAACAUUUUUUAUUUUAUGAAAUAGAUUUUACUCUAUUUACUAUUAAUGUACAUUUUCUACGGUAUGUAAUUUAGCAGUCUGUUCAAGUGAUAGGUAAUCAGGGAUUUCCUCCAUGCCUACGUGGGAGGAGAUUUGCACAUAGUACCAAGUUUUGGGGGCUUUGGAAAAAUUUCCAGACCGUGAAUGUCUUUAGCUUGUUUCCUAAUGGAGUGACAGAGUUUAUUUUUAUUUUGUUCAGGAGAACAUUAAGGAAGAGAAGAGUAAUAAAGAAUCCUUUUUUUAAAAAGGUGAAAUACAUUACAUUUGAGGUCUCAUUAUAGACCCUUUAUAAAUAGAUCUAUUUUUAGAAACACUCAUCUAGGUGAGGUGCUGUGAGCAGUUCUGGGGUAUGCCAAUCGGGAGGGAGACAGCGGAGUCUCUGGGCAUUCUGUACCGCUAAAAGACCUUUUCUAAACGUGGGGAUUUUUUUUAUGACUCGGGACUUGAUGACCACAAUUUUCCUUUUUCUUUUCUCUGGAUAGAUGUCAUGGGUCAUGUCCUAUUCUGACUUUGCUCACGCAGCACAUCAGGUCCCAAAGGAGCCCCAAUAGCUAUUUGAACCAUCUGUAGGGUCUCGGCUUCACAAAUGCUUCGUUGGACCCGUCUCCCCCCAUCUAUUUUAGGAAAAUGGUCCUAUUCUUGUUCUGUGAAGUUUGUGGAGAGUUUUAGGAAAAUCGUCCCCCUGGUAGGUUUAGGGGCGCCAGGUUAUUGCAAAAUCUCAGCAAAUAAGGCUCCAGGUCGAUGGGAAAUGGAUUUUCUGCCCAGCUUUCCAGUCAGUAUUUAACUACUACGGCGGUAUCAUGCCCAGAAGCCUUCCCAUUCCAAGUCCUUUCUGGAAGCCCGCGUUACUUUGUCAUUACAUUUCAGCUCAACACCGGGAUUUGUUUACGGAUUACACUACGGGGAACAGUGGUACGUUGACCAGUCCAGCUCUGGGUAAACCAUCUCCUCCAGAAUAUCCAGGAAGACCAAACAAUGUUCUUGACACUAAUUUUUUUUUGGUGAUGGACGGAAAUAUAUAAACUGAUUUUGUAAAAGACUGAAUCUUAGCCUUUGUUUCUAUUGGAUAGAAAAACCUCAUGAUUACAGAGCCUGGUGGUAGACUUUGGCUGUGAGACUGCCAGGAAUAGAGUACGUGAGGGAAAACGAGUGUAUGCAUGGGUUGGCUGCAUAAUUUUGUUGAGCCGAUGCGAUGUGGAUGUCAUGUUGGAGCUAGGAUCAUUAGGAUGGAAAAGAGCUACUUGGCAUACUUGCUCACCCUUAAAAAUGCCUCAAUUGUUUUUUUUAAAUAAACCAACUUGAAUCUCAUCUCCAGAGAUGCGAUUGUAUGUCAAUUCCUUGGUACUGGUUUUAAACGUUUUGUAAACUGGGCAUUCUGAAACACCUGUUGAGCUUGGAAACCUGUGAAAGUUGGUUAUUUUCUGGGUAGAUUUUCUUAUAUAGUAUUGUCUUAAAAAAUCAGAUCGUCUCUUCUAUAUUGAAAGCAUAAUUUAUGUUUUCUAAUUUAAAAAUUAAUAUUUUCAUAUAGAUAUUGUGCAAUAAAAGCUGAAGUAGGAUGUGUGGUUUUUGCAAAUGCUUUAACAGCUGAUAAAAUUUUACAUUUGUAAAAAUUAAUAUAUUGUACUGGUACAAAAUAGUUUUAAAUUAUAUUUUAAAAAGUUCCAAA